AUGAACUCUUCAGAUUAUACGCUCGGAGCAAUUAACUACUAUCUCACAGUUUAUUCGGGAUAUGCAACUGUCAUUCCUGGUUUGAUUGGGAAUAUGAUCAACAUUGUGGUAUUUACUAAACUAAAACUAUUUCGUGGCAAUCCAUCGGCAUUUUAUCUGAUAAUCGGAUCUAUAUUCGAUUCUUGGCAAUUGCUUUUCUUAACAACACCUCGGUUUGCUUCGAUUGCGUCGGGCUAUGAUGCAACUCAAACGUCAUUGUUUUGGUGUAAACUUCGUGCUUAUCUCGUGAACAUAGGCGCCGUGAUUUUGACGACUAACAUCUGCUUUGCGGCUAUUGAUCAAUAUUUAUCAACAAAUUACUAUCUUCGUCUACGACAAUUGAGUAGCUAUAAGCUGGCACAACGAGCUGUCGCUACACUUAUCAUCUUUGCUCUUCUAUACGCUGCCGUAUUUUUGUUCUUCUUUGAAAUUCAAACCAUAUGUGGAACUUUCAAUCCUGGAUUCAAUUACUUCUAUUCAUUCGUUCAUUUUUGUUUAUUCAUUGGCCUUUUCCCGAUCGUUAUAUCAUUAUUAUUUAGUUGUCUUGCUUAUCAAAAUGUUCGUCGUAUUGUUCGUCGACCAGCAGCUGGUGGUCGGCGUCGUCUCGAUCAUCAGCUAACCGCUAUGAUUCUCGUUCGUGUCGCCUUAUUUGUCUGCACGACGGUACCUUACAUAAGCCUACGAAUCUAUCAAAUUAAUCAUUCACCUAACCAGAAUAAUACAUUCGCUGUUGCUGUCGAUCAAGUGAUUCGAACGUGUUUCAAUACCGUUUAUACAAUUGACACUUCGGCCGUAUUCUAUAUCUUUUUGAUCUCGUCACCUCGGUAUCGUCGACAAGUUAGAUAUAUACUGUUCAAGAAAAAUUGGCGUAAGACUUGGGCGAACAAAAUCAAAAGAAAUCGAAUUGUAGCCAAUGCUAAUCAAAUCCAAGCAAUUGAAUCGCCUCAACCAAGUGUUGAACUUGACUGA